AAAAGGGCACGCAGAAGCACACCCAAAGUACGCUCCGGGUGCCGGACCUGCAAAGCCCGCCGGAUCAAAUGCGACGAAGCCAAACCCAGCUGUCAGCGCUGCGACCGCUCCAACCGCUCGUGCGAGGGAUACGCAACGCCAGCCCAGCAACAGGCCCCAGACCGGGCGAUCACAACCUACAGCAUCCCCUUCAAAGUCCCCGGCAGCCAAGCCGAUCGGCAACUGCUGCACUUCUACUGCUGUCAAGCGGCCGAGGGUCUCUCGAGCUUCUCCGACCCGACUCUGUGGACGCGCCUCAUCCUCCAGCGCUGCCACACCCAACCCAUUAUCCGCAAUGCACUCAUCACGCUGAGUGCCCUUUACCAGGAUCACCACAGCCACAGCAACCAGCUUAUGGGCGAGGAGGGGGAAAAGGAGGAGGAGAAUAGUUGCCCGCGACAACGACCUUCGCCAAGAGGUCUGCGGCUGAUCGCCCGAUCGCAUCGGCAGCUGCGCACGCAUCUCUCUUCCCCGCAGGCCUCGUACGAAGUCGCCCUGAUCUGCGGGGUGCUCUUCUACGCCUUCGAGUCGCUGAUCGGACAGGCGGGCAACGCUAUCCGGCACCUGAAUCAGGCGUUGAUCUUGUUCCAACGGUACCGAGACCAUCCGCCCCCGCCGCAGGCCGCGUACGGGGUGGCGGAGGAUAUCCUCCCGCAUCUGGGGGCUCUCCUGGCGCGACUGGACAUCCAAGCCAGCACAUACGAUGAUUCCCGUCCGUUGGUGCUUGUCAGCCAUGAACCUGUACCAGCACCGCCGAUAAGACAUGUGUCGGGCGACCCCAACAACUACCCCGAAACAAUCCUUGUUAGCCUCCAGGCACGACUCUUGCGACACCUGCUCGUGCAUCUUCCCAACAAGAACGUGCCACUCAUCAAUCUCCCGCUGGAGAUAUGUCAGGAGCGAUUGGCGCUCGACGCUGCCUUCCGGGCUUUCCUCCACUCCAUCCCUCACGCACCUCUACCCAGAGACCCAAAAGUCAGACAGCAUCUGCUCCUCUUACAUAUUCAAGCACAGCUGUUCCACGGUGUUCUACUAGAGAACAUGCACAGCACACCGGGUGCAUCUUCAUCAUCCGUUGCCAUGGACUCUGCGCUAAGCGCCGCUCUGAGCGAUAUGGCCAUUCUUCUCGGCGAGUUUGACCUCGGCGGCGGGGACGAAAGUCACACUCCAGAUUCCCGACCAAGUCAAGAUGCUUCACCUGGAUUCACGCUCACCACGCAGCUCAUCGCAGGGCUCUACGUCGUCUGCCUGAAAAGCAGCGAUCCCGCCACGGUAGCCACGGCACUAUCCCUGCUACAAAACCCGCGACUGCCCCGACGGGAUGGACUCUGGGAUGCA